GAGAGAGAGAGUUGCAUUUGUGCAUAUGUGAAAAUAUUGAGGAAGUUAGCAGCACACCACAGUUGAAACAAGCUAACACAGGGACGGAAAUAAUAACGGACACAACCAGCAUCCAAACAUGCAACCACCACCCAGGAAGGUAAAGGAGAGCCAGCAGGUGAAACUGGUGUUUUCAGAGCAGCUAAGUAAACUGCAGACCAAACAACAUCAAGACACCGAACUGCUGGAAGAGAUCAGGUCCUUCAGUAAGCAUCGAGCAGCUAUAGAAAAGGAGUAUGGUCAGGCUCUUCAGAGGUUAGCUGUUCAGUACCAGAAGAGAGAUUGGCAAAGAGGAAAUACAGAUGCUAUCACUUCUGGAAGUGUGUUUGGUGUGUGGCGGUCAGUGGUAGAUGCUACAGCUCAGACUGCUGCAUCACGACUUGCUGCUGCAGAGGAAUACCGCAGACUGACUGGACAAGCCUCCAGAAGUCUUCGCAAUGCAAAGGACAUCCGAGCUAAGAGAGGCCUGGAGCAGCUCCAGAGGGUACAGGCUGAAGUGGUAGAUGCUGUGCGGGAGCUGCACAGGAUCAAGAAGAGUUACCACCAGUUAAGCCACAUUGCCAGUGUUGCCAGAGAGAAAGCUGCUGAUGCACAAACCAGAGCCAGAAAGAGUGAACAUGGUAUUUUCCACUUUAAAACAGGACUACAGAAGAUGACUGCUAAGCUCAGUGCUAGGAUGAACGAGUGUGAUGACCGUUUGACUGAGGUUCGUAAUGAGUAUUUGCUGGCUUUAGCAGCAAUGAAUGCCCAUCACCAACACUACUAUUCUAACGACUUACCACGUAUCAUGGAGCGAAUGGAUGGUGAUAUUUAUGAUGCUUUGAGAAGCCAUCUCACCCUGCUGUGUGGAACAGAGAUGGAUACCAAUCUGUCCACACACAAACAGUACAGCAAGAUAUGGGACAGUGUCAUUAAGGUGACCAGAGAAAAAAAUAUUCAGCAGUUUCUACAAGAAUCUGUCUCCUUCAGUAAAUCAACUGAAUUCACCCUUCAACCUGCUCCACGAGACAAGGUAUCCUCUCUGCAGGAAGUCUGUGCUUUACAAGCUGAGGGUUGUCUGGUUAAGGAGGCCAAGAAAUGGGCAACAAAAGCUGCCAAAGACUAUAAGAUCAUCACCCAUGGAGAGAGGGCUCUACAGAUGUUAGAGAGUCGGUUGAAGCUCUUGUCAGGGGAGACGGGGCUCAGUGUGGAGCAGAAGAUAACAGAAGUGCAGGACAGUGUCAGGAAAGCUCUGCUCAGCAGGGUGAAGGCAGAGGCUCGUCUGGCUCUGUUGUCACACACUGUCACAGGAACUGAAUUAUGGCUGCACAAUGCCAUGAACCAGGCAGAGGAGGAGCUGGAGAGCGAGAGACGCCUCAGUGAACAGAGAAAGUCAACUGAAGACUUUUCAGAGGAUGAGUUUGACUUGACUGACUUUGAGGACUACGAUGAUGAGAACGGAGACAUCUUUGCAGAUCCAGUAUCAGCAUCUGGAGUGUUUGUUUAUCCUGCAGCCUGCAGAGUUAUCUAUGGCUAUCAGGCUUGUCAGUCAGAUGAGCUGUCAAUCAUGGAAGGAGAGGAGCUUCAAGUGAUUGAAGAUGGAGACAUGGAGGACUGGCUGAAGGUGUGUAACUCAUGUGGUCAGGUGGGCUAUGUCCCUGAGCGUUAUGUGCAGUUCCUGUGUCUACCAGCAGAGGACGCUGCUCAGCUGGACAGUUCUUUCAGCUCCACCUCCUCCACUUGCAAUAAAGAGAAAGCAGGGAGCAGAGGUGUAGUGAGAGCACUGUACUCCUACCAGGCCCAGAGUGCAGAGGAGCUUUCCUUCCAGGAGGGGGCGCUAAUCCACCUGAUACGCUGUCGUCAUGGCGAGGUGGAUGAUGGUUUUUGGGAGGGAGAGUUGAAUGGACAGAUUGGUGUCUUUCCGUCAUUGGUGGUGGAGCUCAUACAUGAUGAGGGGGAGGAGGAGAAACAGGAAGAGGAGCCUCUUCCCACCCCAACCAUGCCUCCUUACUCUCCUCCCAUCCCAAUCCUCUCCCCUCCCAGCUGUAGUUCAGCACUCAGUGCCACUCCUCCUAGCUGCAUGACGGACAAACAGCAGGUCUUUCCACCAAAGCUCACAGACAACACAGGAGACCCUGGGGGCAACAACCACAAAUCUCCGGAUCUCUCCAGUAGUCGACUAAGACCAUGUCGAGCACCUCCUCCUCCUCCUCCAACACAGAAGCCUUCUCCUCAGCCAUGAGACAAAGACUGGACUCACUGUCAGUUCACAGACAUGCCUUGUGUUGACCAAAGGAACAGUGUUUUGUGCCUUUCAUUGUAGUACACGUAUUUGGCAGUUGCUGACCAGUGUUUAAGUUGACUAAGCCCCUGUCAUCUUAGUCAUGAAUGAUGAACAGAUACCAAGGUUAAUUCAUGUGUCCUUUGUGUGUUACUUCAGAGUGGACUCAUACUCAGCUCCACAAAAUGUGAUGAUAACUAACACUUAACAUUUUAAUAGAAUGAUGAUUCAUUUGUGAAACAUCUCAUAUUUGGGAAGAAGUAAGAGAUAUAUGACAAAUAUGAUCUUUACAAGCGGAGGCAUGUUUUCUUCAGCAGGUUAACUUGUGAGCUGUACAGCUUAGAUCCUAGCAGCUAAUGUUGGUUUUUGUGCUAAUGUAGUGAAAGGUUUUUUUUUCUUUGCUAUAUCAAUACUUUCAGCUUUUGAAGAACUGACAGAACACUACUGUACAUAAAAAAUAUGAAAGAGUACAAAUGUUAACUGCUCCACUUUACUGCAUGAUAAUCAGAUACUAUCGUGAAUAAUUUGAGAUUUUUUUUUGUUUAAAUUUACAAAUACCAACUUUACCUGAAGUGUUAAACUACUGUAUAUUGUAAACUCUGAUGUGUGAAAUGUAUUUGUUCCAUCUCUGCAAGUGUUAUUUUACAUUUUAGUCAGAGUCUUAUGUUUUGUGAACAUUGUUUAAUUUUGAAAUCCCCUGUAUACUAUAUUUUAUCAUAAUGGAUUUGAUUGAAUGAAACAGUGGAGAGAUUCAUUGUGCAUGAUAAUAACAGUAUGUCUAUAGUGUGGUGCUGUUGUGACGUACUGGAUCACUGAUUCAUGUCAAGACUAAACAUACAGAGGAAAGUCUGAAAAACAUGGUUUUUAUUAUGUCAUGGAAUAAAUCAUAAUCCAUCUGA